AUCUCCACCAAGUCUGUCCCCAAACAAUUUGAUUUGCUGGUUUUAAGCAUUAAACUUUCAAAUAGCUCUUUGUUGACUGUUGCUGGGUGUUAUCGUCCACCAUCAGCACCGGCCUGUACCCUAAAUGCCCUAAGCUCUCUCCUGGCCCCUUACACUAAGUCUGAAUUUGUCCUGCUAGGUGACCUAAACUGUGACAUGCUUAAACCACCUGACCAAGUUCUAAAGCAAUGGGACUCCCUAAAUAUUACUCAGAUUAUUACCAAUCCCACAGGGUAUGACUCCAAACACCCAGAAAAGGCUACUCUCCUUGAUGUUAUCCUCACAAAUAAUCCUGAUAGGUAUCAGUCUGGUGUUUUCUGUAAUGACCUUAGUGAUCACUGUUUUACAGCCUGUGUUCGUAAUGGCUGCUCAGUGAAACGACCUGUCCUGAUUUGUCAUAGACGCUUGCUAAAAUAAUUUAAUGAGCAAGCCUUCGUUCAUGACCUGGCCUCUCUAAAUUGGUAUAGAAUCAACCUGAUCCCCUCUGUCAAAGACGCUUGGACCUUCUUUUUUUAUAUUUUUUGUGGUAUUGUUAACAAACACGCCCCCAUAAAGAAAAUGAGAAUUAAAAACAGGUUCAGCCCCUGGUUCGACCGUGAUCUGCCAGAGUUACUCCACCUCAAGAAUUCCAUUUGGCGAAAUGCCAAUGAGAAAUAAGUGCAUUCAGGCUAUCCGUAAGGCCAAAGUUAGUUACUUUAAGGAGCAGUUCUCUCUCUGUGGGUCUAACCCCAAGAAGUUCUGGACAACGGUUAAAGACCUGGAGAAUAAACCCUCCUCCUCACAGCUACCCAUGUCCCUUAAUGUUGAUGAUGUGGUUGUUACUGACAAGCAGCACAUGGCUGAGCUCUUUAAUCACCACUUCAUU